AUGAGGAGCACAGAUGUGACAAGCCCACCACCAGAGUAUAAGACACUUCAGGAUGAACCGCGUGAUGAUAGCCAACGAGCAACUCGGCAUCAAAAGUACUUCCAGGGGGAUGACAUGGUUGUCUUGCAGGUCGAGAACAAGAUUUUCCGUGUGUCCUCACGUUGGCUGAAAGCCAACUCACCUCGCAUGCGCCGGUAUCUCCAGGACUCCUCCACGACCGGGGCGAACGAGGAGCAUCCGACGCGCAUACCAGUCGUGACUGUCAAACACUUCGAGACACUCCUUCACUUUAUCGAGAACGGGACUAUGAGCGAGUUCACCAUGCCCGCGAAAUCCUGGGCAUACUUACUUGCGGUCUCCCACUUUCUCGAGAUCACCUCAAUCAAACCGCGCGCCGUCAACGAGGUCUUCUACAGGCACUAUCGCUCCUUCGAUCCAGUCGAUCAGCUUCACUUCUACGAGGGAUGCGCUGUUGAUAGGGUUGCCUUGAAGGCAGCAGUGCGCCAACUGAUCAUACGCCCAGAGCCGUUGAAUGCGAGUGAGAUGGAGCGACUGUCGCACAAGUUGGCGGCGCGCGUAGUCGGCUUGCGCGAGUCUUUCUUGCGCUCUCAAUUGCACACGUUUGGUUCUCUUUUUGCUGGAAGUGCGCUCGAUGCUCUGGUAGAUGGAUGGGUGAUGAAUGGAUGA